GCUAGAUGAUUAGAGAGAAAGUUGAGGUCAAACAAGUGUCGUUUGUCUGCCAUUCACAAGGUUCAACGUAAUGGAAGGAUCUUGUUACAACGUUCCUCCGUCUGACUCCAGAAGAACGUGACGAAGAGUCCAAGUAUUGUAGUUUUAUUAUGCCAAGCAGUUUCCUCUCUUCCUGGCUUGUUAAUCACAUCUAUUCACUGGGGAGUUGACUAAAUCGAGUCUAAUUGGCUCGCGCCGACUAUUCUUUCUAAAGGAGCUGGGUCUUUGACGCAAAUAGACACGACUGCUUAGCCUUUUAUUUCACUUAUCAAGCUGUUUCCAGUUUUGAAUAGAGAAACUGGGUAUCCAGUCGUGUUAUACUUAGCAAGUUUAGUUAUGUAGGUUGUUGUAUGGUUCCUGGAAUAAAUCCUGAUGUCUUCGCUCAAGAUAGUUGUGUUUCCUGGACCAGAAGGUGUUGCUUACACUACAGAAAAGAGAGCUGUUCAAACCAAUCCUAUGAUUGACUUUUUAUCUCAACACUCGUCAACACGGACACAGGAGCAAAUACACACUAUUAAACAAAUAACCAACAACCAUCUAGAAGCCGCAGACAAACGAAAAAACACAAAACUGAAAGGACGCCAACUCGUUUGUCCGCCUAUCUUGGAUUUGGCCAUGAACAAAUGUCACCCCAACUGUGAACAGCAUCCCGCUCACAAACACAGAAGAAUAAUCAACGGUUUCUUCCCGUCUAAAAUAAGAACAAGUUCCAAUACUGGCAACGUUAAAGAUCCCAGGCAGGAAAAACAGGAGCCAUUUGAAGAGAACUUGACAGCCGACUCGCCUUUGGAACCCCAUCAAAAUGGAUCAUUUCUAAGUAGAAGUGGGUCAAAACACGGCCAACUAUCUGAGCAGCCAACAGCCCGGAGGUUCAAUGAUCAGCAUGAGGAGAAAGUUCAUUCAGGAAGAAGAGUAACAUUGUCUUUAAGAAAUGGUUCCCCAUCACCGUGGAUAAACCGGUAUCAAAUCAAGAAGAAGUCCAUAUCAGCCUGUAAUAAGGGGAACACCAACUCCCAAUUUGUCACUCGUGGAUAUUCUAGAUGAGAGUAGGCAGAUAAAUUAUCACGUUUAUCAGUCUUUCUGCAUUUGAAACGGCAAACAUUACCACAUUUAAUUUCCAUCGUUUCCCUGUAUUUCACACCUUCGCCAAAGACAAAUAUUUUUUUGUUUAUUUAACACUAAAAAUAUUAUUUGUAACGGAUCUUUCACCUGAUAUUUCAGGUACGUAUGCCCACAGGGAGCCCAAUUUAGAUUAAAGUGAAUGGUGAAAAUAAAACAGUCAGAGUAUAUAUACAUAAGAUCAACAGGGAAAUUAUAUAGGAAAACAAAGGCACGCACGAAAAAAAUGUUUUAGUGCAU